AUAAAUAUAUAUGUAGGGGCAGUAAUUAAAACUCCAGAAACUAUUAACUCAUCAAAAUAGAGAGACAAGUCAUGGCAACAACUGCUUCAAUAAUUCAUGCACUUGUUCUUUUCAAUCUUCUCUUCAAAGGUUUCUGUCAAUGUGGAUUACAAGACAUAACGAUCGGGACAGAAAGAACUUCUGCACUAGUAGAAGGUAAACAAGAAUGGAACGUUAGCUUUAUAAACACGUGCAAAUGCCCUCAACAAGCCCUUGUAGUGUCGUGUGAUGGUUUCCAAACGGUCGAGAAAGUUAGUCCAGAUGUCUUCGCACCGGUUGGUAAUAACUGCACAGUUAAUGGAGGGCGGCCGAUUCCACCUUUCGCGACAGUUCAGUUUCUUUAUGCUUGGGACCCUCCUUUCAUUUUUGUGCCACUUUCGUCUCAAGUCAAUUGUUGAAGGGCCAUCAAGUCAUUUUGCAAUACAUACUUUAUACUCGUAAUUAACAAAGCAGUUUCUGGUUGUAUUUAUUACAAUAUAAGAUAGUUUCUUUUUCGGUUUUCCUUUGCCUUAGUAUAAAACUGAGAAUAGUAUGUUUAUAAUGAGUAACAAUCAUGGUGAUAUAUGUUUAUGUGCAUCAUAACUUAACAGAUA